AAACCACCGCACCGAAAGAGCAGCAGCGCGGACGCGCCUCGAUGCCUCGUGCUCCAUAACCAGCAGCCCCCACAGGCACGCGCCGCCCCGCCAGUCUAGAGCCUAGGCAGUCGCCGACUCGCGCGCUCGCUUCGCUGCCAGCCGGCACCGCUGCUUUCCCCGCUCGCUCGCUCGCUCGGAGCGCGGCGGCCGCGGCCCCUUCCCGCCGGGGGGAAGGAGCAUGCGGGUGGGUUUUCACCGCGGGCCGGAAGCGGAAGGAGGAGGAGGACCUGCUGCGCCUGCGCCGCGCGCAUCGCGACGAGCCGCCCCCCCCGCUGGCACCCACGCCAAAAGGCGAAGAUUCUCGCGCGCCCCCGUCCCCUCCACCACCUCCCGCUGUAGCCGGUAGGAGGUAGCCAGCCGCCCUCAGAUCUGCUCGCCCCAAGCGCCUCCCCGCCCCCCCUAGAUUCGCUCGCCUUCCCCCGCGCCGCCAUGCUGCGGCGGCUGUGAGUGACUGAACUGGGCGGGCGAGCUAGCGGAAGGCUGUUUGGUUUGUUUCCGCUUCCCCCCCGGGGGAGGGGAGGGGACGGGACGGGACCGGGGCCGAGGGAGGAUGGGGUGCGGCCAGUCCAAGAUGGAGGAGGAGCUCGCGGUGCGCCACUGCCGGGAGCGCUCCGAGCUGCUGGCGCAGGCCAUCCGCCACCGCUACACGCUCGCCGACGCGCACCACGCCUACGCCGAGUCGCUGCGCGCCGUCGGCGCCGUGCUGCACGACUUCCUCCGGGGCGUCCAGUCGCUGCCGCCGCCGCCGCCCGAGCCCGAGCUCCGCCUCCCGCAGCAGCGCAAGGGGGACGGCCUACCCGCCGCCUCGCCGCCCGCAAUCGCGUCCUCGUCCUCCGCCGCACCGCCCGUCGCCAAGCAGGUGCGCAUCGCCCCCGACGACGGGCACAUCCACUUCCACUCCGACGACGACUCCGAUUCCGAGGGCGGACACAUCAAGUUCCACUCCGACGAGGAGCCCGACGAGGCCCAGCGCCGCCCGGAGGUCGUCCGGUCCGCGGGCGCUCUGGGUCCUCCGCCGCCGCAGGUGGGACCGCCCUAUGACUCCGGCUAUGCUCCGCCGCCCUAUGGUCCUGGAUACGGGUAUGGGUACGGCUCUGGGCCUGGGCUUGGGCCUGAUUAUGGUGGCAUGGGCAUGAACGGCGGCGGCUAUGAACCAGGCUAUGGUGGCAUGGGUAGCGGCGGCUAUGGACAGAGCUACGGUGGUAUGGGUGGUGGUGGUGGCGGCGGCGGCUAUGAACCGGGCUACGGUGGCAUGGGCAGUAGUGGCGGCGCCGGCGGUGGCUAUGACCCGAGCUAUGGUGUCAUGGGCAGCUAUGGCCAGAGCUUCUUCAACAUAAGCUACGCCCGCAAUCAGCCACCUCCGCCGUCCGUCUCACACGAGCAACGCCUGCAGGCCACUGAUGCCAGGGUCCACUACUAUUCCGGCGAUGGUGACCCGCAGCCACCCCCACGCGGCUAUGGUGGUGGGUACCCCUACCCACCACAGAGCUCGAGCUCUUAUAAUCAGUACGCCUACGGUGGUUACUAUGGUGGCGGUGGUGCUCCUGCACCUCCGGCAGACAUCCCCUCUUCCUCCCGAGAGCCAGCCGCACCGCCCCCACCGCCAUCUCCUCCGAGGGUGUCUACCUGGGACUUCCUGAACCCGUUUGAGACAUAUGAGAGCUACUAUGAGCAGCCAACUGCUGCAGCAGCUCCAUAUACUCCCAGCAGGAGUUCGAAGGAUGUGCGCGAGGAGGAAGGGAUACCAGACUUGGAGGAUGAAGACCAGAUGGAGGUAGUCAAGGAAGCAUACGGUGAUGAGAAACACUCAGUGAAGGGUUACAUGGGGAAUGGGAAGGCGGCAAAGGAGGAGGGUAGAAGCAGCACAGGAGAUGAGCUACCCCGCAAGUCCAAGUCAUCUGAGGCCAGCAGUAGUGGGAGCAGCUUGGAGCAUGACGUGCAUGUUGUGGAGAAGAGUGUUGUUGGAGAACAAGUUCAACGCUCGGAGCCACGGCAGCAUGUCGCAGGCCUGCCGCCAACUGGACUCGAGAAAAUAUAUGUUGAUGACACUGAGGUGGUGGUGGAGCUCAGGACUCAAUUUGAGCGUGCCUCAGAAUCAGCCGGUGAGGUAUCCAAGAUGCUUGAGGUCGGGAAGAUGCCUUACUAUCAGAAGAGUUCAGGUUUCAAAGUCUCCGCAAUGAUGAUUUGUGGGAUACCGACAAUGGAGGAGGAGUUCCUGCGGUUCGAAGAGGACAAAGCGAUGGGAUGCGGCAACCUUUCCUCAACGCUACAGAAGCUGUACAUGUGGGAGAAGAAGCUUCUUGAGGAAGUCAAGACUGAAGAGAAGAUGCGGGUACUGUAUGACAGAAAACGCGAGGAGCUGAAAAUGUUGGAUGAGAAAGGUGCAGAAGCUGAUAAGCUUGAGGCCACCGAAAUUUACAUAAGGAAGCUAUCAACAAAGAUAAGCAUAGCUAUUCAGGUUGUGAAUACUAUUUCACAGAAGAUCAGUAAGCUGAGGGAUGAAGAGUUAUGGCCACAAACAUGUGAGCUAAUUCAAGGGUUGAUGCGGAUGUGGAGUGUUAUGUUAGAAUGCCAUCAGAUACAGUUGCAUGCUAUAUCCCAGGCUAAAAACAUCGACUCCAUGAUAGAUGCGGCCAAGUUCGGCGACGCUCAUAUGGAUUUGAUCAAGCGGUUAGAGCUUCAGCUACUGGAUUGGAUUGCUUGUUUUGCCGCAUGGGUUAAUGCUCAAAAGAGCUAUGUUAAUACAUUGAAUGAGUGGCUGAGGAAAGGAGUUGACUACGUCCCUGAGGAAACUGAGGAUGGGGCACCUCCUUUUUCUCCUGGACGAUUAGGAGCACCACCAAUCUUUGUCAUAUGCAACAAUUGGGCUGCCAGUGUGGCGAGGAUAUCUGAGAAGGAAGUAGUUGAGGCAAUGCAGGCCUUUGCAUCCAAGGUUCUGAGCCUCUGGGAGAGGCACAGGUCAGAGCAACGGCAGGGUAUGAUGGCUAAUAAAAGUAUGGACAGGGACCUUAGAGUGAUGGAGAGGGAUGAACAGUCAAUGCGCAAGGCUCUGGAAGCACAAAACAAGAAGCUUGUUCUCAUUUCAAAUCAGAGCGGUGUAUCCUUGUCUGCACAGGUCUUACACGAGGGGGGCCCUGGUGCUGAAAUUGGUGGUUUGCAAACAAGUCUUAAGAAUAUAUUUGAAGCCAUGGAGAACUUCACUGCUGCAUCAGUAAACACCUAUAAGGAUCUCCAUCUUCUCGCCGAAGAAGAGAAAGCUCGAGUUGCCCAGGAGAGUGGCAGAGUUUCCUAGUUCCUUUUUGCUGGUUUUGUUGGUACAUGAAGACAUGAGCAUUUUUCAGUGCAAAGGAACUAAAGCAAGUGGUUCCUGCCAUCACAGUUGCAUGGCAGUGGUGCGAUGCUAGCAGCAUCUGAUGCUCCUGAGCCAUGGAUCUACUUGUCCCAAAUCUUGGGUCUUGGGGCUGAUGGAUAUGCCUGUGAUACGCUCAGUGGGGCUAACAAGUUGCAGCAUGGGGAUUUUGAAUCGACAACGCCGCAUCAUUUGGCAUUAGAUGAUCAGCAAUACUCGUGCUCAGCUCGUUAUUGUGAAACAUUAUUAGGAAAAGUAGACAAGAUACCUGAAGGGACGUGAGAAGAGGUACUUGUGCAUUGAGCAGAGCAACAAUGAGUUCCAGUUCACUGGAAAAACCCAUUAAAUCAUUGGAUGACGCGAGCUGCAUGAACUCGAAGUCUGAUCAAAGCAUGGGGACAAUGAGAUGUUGUCACGAAUCCAGGAUUCCUGAAACUCAUUCUCACCCAUCCAUGUCAGCAUACAUAGAUAGCAACAACGACCAGGUUAUCAGACUAAUCAGAGGUGCUCCGUAAGAUUGGCGUGCUGGCAUGCCCAUGUACAGACAGACACCAGUGGUGACGCCUGAUGGAUGAACAGCCGAGCCAGUGUUGCUUUAAAACAGACUCCUUCGCAGCUUGGUCGCCGCAACUGCACCGGAAUUACUCUUGUAGGGUUACCACCAGAUGUUGAUUGAUGAUCUUGUAGGAUUAGAUCAGUUGUCCUGACCCGUUCUGCAGAUGCGCUAACACCCUCCGGCCAUCAUCAAAAUUUUUGGUUCUGUUUAUUUAUUAUACAUAUUAAUUCAUUUGUAGCACCCCCGUGUACAGCUGCUGGCUAACUCUAAACCUGUUGUGCCAUAUUUAUUCAAUUUUUUUACACCCC